ACGAAACCGCAACACUCACUCACGACUUGACGAACCGAUCACGGCGACUUGAGGCUUUUGGCUCUAUUUACGACAAAGGCUGAUUUUAUGACAUACUCAGCUCUUCCGCCUUCAAUCAACCCGGAUCGUCCCGUUCCUCGUCCUGGCUUCCUAGCCACGCUCGACCCAGCGCCAGCAUUCCAAUUGCGACCGCCACCCUCUGCGCGGCCAGACUUCCCCCACCAGCCCUGGGGCUGACGAGCCUGUCGUCACCGCUGCGCUUCUAGCGCUCCCAAUCUCUCAUUCUCUCCUUCUACACGCUACGAAACUCAAACUCAGCAACCACCAUGCACAAAUCAAAGAUCGCCUUUGUCGAAGAGGCAGACGACGACUCUGGCAGCUCCGUCAAUGGCCGGGCCGGCACUCGCGUCUACGCAUUUACCGACUGCGGUGAUGAGCCCAGCACCCCAUCCAGGGAGCGCCCCAACACCGGCAAGAGCAGACGCGGCGAUCAACCCAACAGCACCUCGGAGUCGGCCAGUCGAUCCGCCCGGAGGAAAACAGAGGACAAGGAACACCGAAGACUGCGCGAAGAAGAGCGCAAGAGGCUGGAACGCGAUGAGGCAAGGAGAGCUCGCGCAGAGAAGAAGGCUCUGGAGGACUCUUCCAAGGCUUUGAAGAAAGUCCGACCGCAAGCCAGGCACUCUCAGACGCAACCCGUCAUACAGCAAUCGCCGCAAGCCUACAGACGCGGCCACGUAGAGGAGUCAAGCUACUAUGGAGUUCCUCAACCUGCGUCCUCGGGCAAUCGACCUCGCGCAAAGACAAGGCCCGCCAGCUACUAUGCUGGGCAGACACAUCCACCUCCCCACGUUGGCAGCUGGCAGCAGAGCCCCAUGAUGCCAAUGGCAUACUCACCGGCUGGUUCCUACCCUCCACCGCAAGGUUUCCCUCCGGGCCCGCCUCCCAUGCACAUGCCUAUGCCUCCUUCAAACGCGGGCCCGCCUGGGUACUUCGACGGAGGACCAUCUCCGCCUACUCAGCACCGAGAUCUGCGGUCCCGUUUUGAACGACCUUCGUCAGCCAUGGGCGUGCACCCAACCCCUCCACGAGGCUAUGAGGCAAGCGACUUUGUGUUUGAGCACGAUCAGGAGGACUUUUACGCGCGCCCCGGCGACGAGCCUCAAUACCAAUCAAAGCGCUCGUCGCGGACGGCCAAGCACGACGAGGACCGCAAGCGAAUGCCUCCUCCCGAGUUCAAGAACGUCAGAUCUAUUCCCCGUCGACCGAGCACGACUGCCAACCCGUCCACACCCUUCCAGCCGCCACCACAGCGACCGGCUUCCCGUCAGGGGCACUCUCGCCCACCUCGCCCAUCUCAUCGGCGAUCUGUCGGUUUCCAUGAGCAAGCGGCAUUUGACGAUGACGAGGAUGAGCUCGAGCAGGAAGACUUGUUCCACGACAUGUCGCCAGAGCCAGUCCACGAGCAGCGCCGCCGGUCCAUGUUCCGUCCUCGGCGAGAUUCCAUGUACUAUGAGGACGACGAGUACGACAUCGCCCCCGCCCGUUCUAGCCGCCGGGGAAGUAUCUAUGGCUCGGUGCCUCUUGGUUCUGGAGGCGUCAGCCUACCCAAGGAGGACAAGUACCUGGAGGCCAUGAAGUAUCAGGAAGAUGUCACUGGGCCUACGCAGGUACCACUUACUGCCGACGCUCUUCGUAAGGCAAACAAGCCCAACGUUGCCAGCAGCCGCUCGACACGCAGCAGUGCCAGCCGCGACGAGAGCGAGUACAACAAGCGCAGCAACGCGACUGGUAUUACUCGCUCGUCAUCUGGAGGCAACGGAGACGACUUCACGAUCAAGGUGUCCGGCCAGGCUGUCGUACGUGUGCCUGGCGGCGCCGAAAUUGAGUGUGAAGACAGUGAGAUCACCUUCUCCCACGGCGGUCGAGGCAGCGGAGCAAGCGACCAAGCCAGCAGUUUCUACCAGCUGGAGGAUGGGGCCAGCAGCCGUCGCGAGCGUAAGGCUCUCCCACCCUCCUUGCCAUACCGCCCCCGCGCACCUAGCCAGGCCGACUCGCAAAGUCGCAGGCAGUGCGCUCCAAGCCACGCCCCUUAUGAGCCCUUUGAUUACUAAAGGGCAUGUUCACGAAACGAUGAGUUCUGACGACGCGACGAAAUGAGCAUCUAUUUCUUUCUCUAUCGCCUUCUGUUACGGUUACAAAACUGGGCACAUUGGGGCAGCGAGCGAUAUUUUUUUUUCUCUACUUUCUUAUUUUGGAUAUCU